AUGCAAAAACUUCGAUAUAGUUGUUUUGGUCGGCACUUGGAAUCUACAAUUCAGCGACGUUUUAAUGUCGGCGGGUUGUCAAGUUGCUCAUCUAGCAUAACGGCGGCUAAUACGAAGUUUAUUGAAACUCCAAGGAUCAAUCCUGUUGGAAUCCAAUAUUUAUCAAAAUCUUUACACAAGCAGUUAUUUGGAAAUAGCUCGAGAAAUGAUGCAUUAGAUGAUAUAACUAAAAACACUUUGGUUACGUUAUCACAACAACAUCUUAGCCAAAAUGGUCUACUUGGAACUAAGACUACCAUAACAGAACCGAUUAGUUUUGACCUUCCUAAACUACAGGGCUCUUCUUUAGACGAGCACUUCCAAAAGAUAGGCCAAUUUGUAUCCGAUCCAUAUUUAUCUAUCUGCGAAAACAAGUUUACAAAAAUUAUAGAAAAGCCGAAAGAGUGGAUUUUGAAGCCAGGAUGGUAUCGGUAUGAGCCUGGGAAGGCGCCUAAGCCAGUACCCUAUCCUUUAGAGGACCUGAUAGUUUUUGAUGUUGAAUGUUUAUACAAAAUCUCACACUACCCGACCUUGGCGGUUGCACUGUCAGACAAGGCAUGGUAUUGUUGGUGUUCGCCUUACAUAUGUUCAAGUGAAGAUCCUACAUGUUUAAUACCAUUGAACACAUUGGAAAGACCGAUUGUUGCCAUAGGGCAUAAUGUUGGCUAUGAUAGAUCUAAAGUGUUAGAAGAAUACAAUUUCCAGUCCUCCAAGGCUUUUUUCAUGGAUACUAUGUCCCUUCACAUUGCAUCAUCUGGGAUGUGUUCGAGACAAAAACCGCGGUAUUUACAGAUACAAAAGGAGGCAGAGAUUCUUGGUCUUUACGGUAAUGAGUUAAUUGACUAUAAUGAAAGGGAUUCGUUUGAUGACAAAUGGGCUACAAUCUCAGCAACGAAUUCAUUGAAGGAUGUAGCUAAGUUGCAUUGUAAUAUUAAAUUGGACAAAAAAAUGCGGGAGGCAUUUGAUACAGAAGAUAAGUAUGACAUUAUAAAUUCAUUUCAAGAAUUGGUCAACUAUUGUGCAAAGGACGUAGAAGUCACGAGCAAAGUUUUUGACAAGGUAUUCCCCCUCUUCAGAGAGAAAUGUCCUCAUCCGAUUUCCUUCGGAGCAUUGAGGUUCUUGGGAAGUUGUAUGCUACCUGUGAAACCUGAUAAUUGGAAAAGAUACAUAGAAACUGCAGAGGGCAUAUACCAGAAGGGCAAAAAGGAGAUAGAGGAUAAAAUUGUAGAAAUUGUUGAAACUGUCGUUAAGUUGAAGGAUGAUCCCGCUAAGGUGAAUGAAGAUCCGUGGUAUCGACAAUUGGACUGGAACACAAAGCCGUUGAGACUUACCAAGAAAGGCGUCCCAAUGAAGAAUCAAAAACUACCAGGUUAUCCUGAGUGGUAUAAAUCAAUGUUUAAAAGUGCACGUGAAUCCCGACCAACUGUCUCAAUACGAGGGCGUAUAACGCCUCUGCUUUUUAAGUUGACAUGGGAAGGUUUUCCAGUUCUUUGGGUGGACGGUUCAGGUUGGUGCUUUGAAGUUCCCCAAGCCCAGGUACCCUAUUUUCAACAAAAAAACUACUUAAUUGCAGAAACUGAGGUUAUUGCAACACCUGGUCACACCAUUUUCAGGAUUCCUCAUCCAAAUGGGCCGGAAUUGAAUUGUACUAAUUUGUUAACUAAACCCUUUAUGCAUUAUAUGGCGAAAGGAAUUUUACAAUCGCAAUAUGGUUUGGCACGAGAAGCUUUGGAAAUUAACUCGUCCGGUGCAUACUGGACGGCUGCUAGGGAAAGAAUAAUUUCUCAGCAUGUCGUUUCAAAGAAAUCAUUCCCAGACCAACUGCGUUCCUUGGACGGUAAGCCGUUUAACUCUUCAAAUGUAGGAGCCAUUCUUCCUAAAAUCAUCCCAAUGGGUACAAUAACAAGAAGAGCAGUUGAAAGUACAUGGCUAACGGCAUCAAAUGCUAAAAAAAAUAGGAUUGGAUCUGAGCUGAAAGCCAAUAUAAUUGCACCAGAUGGUUAUAGCUUUGUGGGAGCCGAUGUGGACAGUGAAGAACUAUGGAUUGCUUCUCUUGUAGGAGACUCGGUCUUCAAAUUGCAUGGAGGCACUGCGAUUGGAUGGAUGUGUCUUGAAGGAACAAAGUCUGAAGGUACUGAUAUGCAUACUAAAACGGCUAAUAUUUUAGGUUGCUCUCGUAACGAAGCAAAAAUCUUCAAUUACGGUAGAAUUUAUGGUGCCGGUGUGCGAUUCGCUUCUCAGUUGUUGAAACAGUUUAUUCCUACAUUGACAGAAGAACAAGCGAAAACUACUGCUAGAAAACUAUAUGCAAAUACCAAAGGUCAAACUCUCAGGUCAGAGUUAUUUAAAAAAUUUUGGUUUGGUGGAUCUGAAUCUGUAGUGUUUAACAAACUGGAACAUAUUGCCGAGCAGGAUGAUCCAAGGACACCUGUCCUUGCUGCUGGUAUAACUGUAUCCCUCAUGAAAUCCAACUUAGGUAAGGAUACGUUCCUGCCUUCAAGAAUAAACUGGACAGUUCAAUCUUCUGGUGUGGACUAUCUGCAUUUGUUAAUCUGUUCGAUGAAUUAUCUCAUAGAGAGGUAUAGAAUUAAUGCUCGUUUCUGUAUAUCAAUCCAUGAUGAAGUCAGAUAUAUGGUAGCAGAUAAGGAUAAAUAUCGGGCAGCUAUGGCCUUGCAGAUAUCAAACUUAUGGACCAGAGCUAUAUUUUGUGAACAGAUGGGUAUUCACGAUCUUCCGCAAAAUUGCGCAUUCUUUUCAGCAGUAGAUAUUGACAAAGUAAUGAGAAAAGAGGUUGAUAUGGAUUGCGUUACGCCAUCUAACGCCGAAGCUAUUCCUCACGGCGAAACAGUUAAUAUCAAUGAUCUAUUAAAUAUGGGCACUAACCUUUUGGGAGAUCAUGAUAACUCCGUUAACAUUGAGAAGUAUUCGUACCAGCCAAGACAGACGGUCCUAUCAUAUUAUAACAGCAACUACUCAGAUGAAUUUCUCAAAUUCUUCUUGCAAAUGCAACUACAAACUUCCAGGUCGACGGUCAUAGAGCUACAAAACCAAUACUACCAAAACGUACACAAGAAAAAACUGAACCCAGUUCCAAGUGAGAAACUAACUUAUGCACAAUUUAGCGUUGUUAAUGAGAAGGUGAACGCUAAAGCCACCAAAAAAAUUGAUAUGUACGGAAAUUUAGAAUGGGAAGACCAUUAUAUUACAAUGGAAGCGGACUCCCAAAUGGCCAUAAAAGAAAGUUGA